ACAGUUGAGUUCCUUUAACUGAACAAGCAACAAUACCCAAGAUGAAGUUCCUGAUCAUCCUUGCCCUGGCCGUGGCCGCCUCCGCUUUCCCGGAAGCGGAGCUGCAGCACCGUAGCCGUGAGAUGCCUGUGGUUGGCGACAUCGAGGGUCGCAUCACCGGAGGAAAAACCGCUGCUGUCGGACAGUUCCCCUACCAGGUUGGACUUUCCCUUAGGCUGAGUGCUCUUUCCAGCGCCUGGUGCGGUGGCUCUCUGAUCGGAAGCCAAUGGGUUUUGACCGCUGCUCACUGUACCGAUGGAGUUCAGUCCGUGACCGUCUACCUGGGUGCUACCGUGCGUACCUCCGCCGAGAUUACCCACACCGUCUCCAGCUCCGACAUCAUCAUCCACGCCGACUGGAACAGCUCCAACCUGCGCAACGACAUCUCCCUGAUCAAGAUCCCUGCCGUCAGCUCUAGCAGCAGGAUCUCUGCCAUCGCCCUCCCAGCUAUUGCCAGCUCCUACUCGACCUAUGUUGGUGAGACCGCUGUCGCCUCCGGAUGGGGUCGUACUAGCGACUCUUCCUCCUCUGUGGCCACCAACCUGCAGUACGUCGACUUGACUGUCAUCACCAAUGCCGUGUGCGCUAGCACCUACGGAACCUCGAUUGUGACCAGUGGCCAGAUCUGUGUCCAGACCCCCAACGGUCAGUCCACCUGCAACGGUGACUCCGGCGGUCCUUUGGUGCUCGAGGCCAAGAAGGUCCAGAUCGGUCUGACCUCCUUCGGUGCCGCUGCCGGUUGCGAGAAGGGCUAUCCCGCUGCCUUCACCCGUUUGACCAGCUACUUGGAUUGGAUCAAGACCAACACUGGCAUCUCCUACUAAGGGAACAGUCAGGAACUUUAACAACGCAAAAAUAUAAAAAUCGUUUAAAAAAACUUUAUUGAUUUAUGAUU